AUGGCGGGCCAAAGCAGGAAGAGGAAGGCUGAUGACGAGGACGAGCCGCGCGAGUGUGAACGCAAAGUACUCAAGGUUGUAGAUGAACAAGACCCACUCCAGUCAACAAAGGGCAAUCGUGUCUUUGUGUUCAAGAAAGUCGACACAUCUAGCGUCGCUACUCCGGAGAGCAGCGCAUCUUCGAUCGCACCGGAUACUGUAUCGGCGGCUGGAAAGAUGGCUGCACCACCAACUGUCUCACCGUCCUUGCUCGACCGCAUGACAGGCCAUCGCAUUGCCAACCUAUCUGAUUCGUCCGAAGAAGAUAAAGGCAGGCCCGACAUGACAGAGUUGAUGGAACUGAUGUCACGUCUGGAAGAAUGCGUAUGGGUAAGGGAGAAGAUAUCAGAGGAGAAACUCAAGAAGAUCACCACCGGCACGAUCAUUUGGGAGGUUACUGCUGACAAAACGAUGAACCCUAAUGCCAGUGUCGCCAGGUCAGACUAUUUCCCAACUUUCGACGGUCUUUAUUGUGUGAAGGGCGCGCCCUGGAUGGUUCUCUUCAAGAACGAAGAGGAACCAAGUCUCAAUUGCUUGAGGAUGACCCGACACGGCUUCGACGGCGAUUCGAAAUUGACACCAGGACAGCUUGCCCAGACAAUGCGCGUGCUGUAUCCGGAUGGAAAGGACAACCCUAACGUCCAUGGGCUUCCUGUCGUGCAUGUUCAAGAGUGCCAGGACUCGCAGGCAGGCGACAGGGUGUCGCUCAUCAACAUGGAAGAGAUAAGGACUUUCCGCGCUACGCAAGAUACAACCAUCUGGGGCCAGCUGUAUCCGGGCUCGGCAUUCUUUUUCUUGAGAGAGUACAUGCGCCGUUUUCAGGCGAAGACUGAGGCUGCACUAGAAGAGCUUCAAGCUGAAAUCGAUGCAUCACCUGCUGAGGCACUCCCAGCUGUGGAGCGACGAUCCGGACAGUUUGAGCUAGAGCAUGGGCCCCCAUCGACCCAAUCUCAACACGCCUGCUGCAGUGAGCCCGGUCCUUGCAACUGCACUAGCGACAAGACAGCCUGGGUACCAUCGGACAAGAGCAUGGUAGGUGUGCGACGAGAAUCGAUUUAA